AUGGCGAAGAACGCGAGCAAGGCGGGAAGUCCUACCGCCGCCUCCGGUGCGAGCUGUGACGGGGACGACGGAGACGAAGCACAAGGCGACGACGCGGAGGAGGAUUGGCCGGAGAACGGCCACGACGACAGCGCUUCGGGCGACGAAUUAGGUCCUGCCGACAUUGAGGAGGACGAAUGGUGGAAUCAGCCGGUCGGGAGCGACGACGAGGUGGAAGAGUGGCGGGCUGGUGAUUCCGACAACGACGGAGGUGAAGAUGCUGGCGGUGACCACGCGGAGGCACAGGAAGCGGUGGUGGCUGCCGACGAGGCGGAGGCGGAACGCGAGACAGAGGCGCCUGCGGAUGCGGACGCGGUGGCGGAGGCGGACAAGGUGGCUGCGGAUGCCGUCUUAUUUGAUGGUGAGGGCUCCGACGACGACCCGUGGAGCCUUGGGACAGACAACGACGUUCCGCUACUGAAGCGGAGGCUGCGCCAUCACCUGCAGUCCACGACGAAGCGCGCCCGCGUGGUGCUUUCUGACGACGACAGUCCCGGGGAGGAGCGUCGCCCCCUACUCACCGCUGCGGAGAAAGGAAAGGCAAAGGUCGUGGAAGCCCCUGCUAAGUCCCCUGCUAAGGCCCCUGCAAAGGCCCCUGCUCGUCGCCGCACAAGCAACAAGAAGCGCAAGGACGACGGAGACCCUGGAUCCAGCAAGGGUGCGGCUAAGAAAAAGGCGAAGAAGGCGCCGAAUCCUGACGACAUCAUCGUCAACGAGGCGUUGGGCAGCGACGAUGAGUACGCAGCGGUGGCGGGUCCAAUUCCCACGUUCCCUGAGAAGGCAGCCACGCACACUACCCCGACAUGGAGGCAGCGUUUCCCCAGGCAGAUCAUCAUCGACGCGUUCCGCCACUGUGGGAUCUCCAGCAAGCUGGACGGAACGGAGAACCACCUGGUGAUGUCUCACCUGCGCGCCAGGAGCACCACCGAUGUCUCCGAGGACAUGUCCCUCGGGGGGACCACAGGCGACAACACGCGCCUGCUCGGGAAGGCUCCAGAGGAGGAGGAGGAGGAGGAGGAGGAGGAGGAGGAGGAGGAGGAGGAGGAGGAGGAGGAGGAGGAGGAGGAGGAGGAGGAGGAGGCGAUGCAGGCGGAGGGCGUGCGGGAGGUGGCCGUGGCAACUGGCCUGGAGGUGCUGUACCAGGAGACCCCCAACUACCGCGGAGCGGCGGCCGAGGCUGACCGCAUGAUCGAGCCUAGGGAGACGGCUAGGCAUGCCUGGCGAGUGCCAGACCUGAGUGUAGAGCCUGUUGCUAGUGCUCCAGAGGAGGCGGUGACCGAGGGGGGUUUGGUAGAAGUAGAGAUUCAUGCAUGUAUGGAUGUAUACCCCUAA